GCUAAAGUUUUAGAUGCCUCAUGCGAAUGCUGUGCGUCUGCCAUGAGCAGGUGUAGCCAUGUGGCUGGUAUCUUGUUUGCACUAGAAGAUUAUACGAUUCGCUUUGGAUAUCAACCAAUAAGUGCAACAAGUGAGUUGUGUAAAUGGAAUGUGGGACGGAAAGCGAAGUGUGAUCCUAAACCAUGCCAUAUAAUGAAGCCACAUACAACAAAAAGCUGAGAUCCGACAGGAUUAUAUCACAUAAUCCUCGUCCCCAACAUAUGAUUCCAGAUGAUGAAACUUUCGUUAACAACUUUGUGGCAACAAUCCCAAAUGCGGGCAGUAAUACCAUGUUUGCGCAGAUCAUGGAGAUCAAAUACAAUGACUAUGUGGUGGACACUGACCAUCUUCGUAAACUUUCCCAGUUAACAAUAAAUAGUUUAAAAGAGAGUAUUCAAGGAAACCAGCCUAUAGAAAUAGACAAUACGAAGGGGCAGACAACCUCGGACAGCUGGUAUGAAGCACGCUCACUUCGAGUUACUGCUUCAAAUGCAAAAACUGUCACGACAACUAAGUCCAAGCAAGGACAGUAUAAUUUACUGAAGCGACUUCUUUGGAGUAAAAAAGUGCUGGACCUCAAAGCGCUAAAAUAUGGACGGGACAAUGAGGACCACGCAUUUAAAAAUUUCCAAGAGGGAAGUUUAACACCUGGACAUGCUCUGACCAAGAGUGGUUUUUGGGUAAACCCAAAAUAUCCAGAAUUAGGUUGUAGCCCUGAUGGCUUAAUCUGGGAUUGUAAUAAAAAAUUAGUGGGUGUGCUGGAAAUAAAGUGUCCCCUUGUGCUAGAAAAUAGUGGACCCACUGAUUUAGAAAACUUAUCAAAAAAUCAAAUAAACAAUCUGUGUUAUAAAAUAGAAAAUGGGGAAUUAGUUCUGAACCGAACACAUUCAUACUAUUUUCAAAUUCAAAUGCAGAUUGCAAUCUGUGGAGUUGACUUUUGUGAUUUUAGCAUUUGGUCUCCAAAGGGAAUGUGUAUCGAGAGGAUACAAAGAGACAUUGGAUUUUGGAAUGCACUUUUUCCAAAACUGAUCGAUUUUCACCACAAUAUAUUAGUGCCAGAGUAUUUUGAGCAGAGAAUCCCUCGCAGACUGUUACCAGUCAAUCUAAGCCUAGAUCAGCCCAGUGAUAAAUAA